GUACUGUCAGUGAAAUGGAGUUCCUGAAGCUGGCCCAGGAUAUUGAUCCUUCUUACUACUACAAUGUAGGGAUAUCCCUAGGGUUCUCCCAUGCUCAGCUAAAGGUAAUCCUGAUUGAGAAUUUGAAGAACUUCAAAGAUGCCUUGAUGGAUGUCUUUAUGAACUGGAAUGUCAAGCAGCAACCUCCACACUCAAACAAGCGGCAGCUCUUGGCAGACAAACUACGAGAGGUUGACUUGGGUGGCCUAUCAGACGGAUUACUCAACGAGCCUCUUAUUCCAAACAGCACAGGAGGGCCAUCAAGACUGCUCGAAUCACAUACCAACCAUCCUUCUGCUGGAUUUCAGACCAAACCACUUUCUCCUGAACUGGUUGAGCGGUGUGCAAAUGAUUUCAAGUUCAAGUACAGGUCAACUGUCUGUAAGAUCAGAGCUGAUCCUCUCAAUCCUGCUUCCACUGUGCAGUUUCAAGACAUGUAUACUAAUCUCGUCUUACUAGAAGAACAUGGGACAGAGAAACAAAUGCUAGAUUACAAUGAUAUCCUUGAUCUCAAAGUCAAUGGAGAGUUCCCCAAACGGAUCAUGGUUCAGGGAGAGGCAGGGGCUGGAAAAAGUACAUUUUGUGCAAAGAUUGCCUGGGACUGGAUUGAAGGGAUGUAUUUCAGUCACUUUGUGUGGGUCUUGAUUGUUCCACUACGUGAGUUUAAGCAACACAAUAUUGGCAAAAUUGCAAAGUCUUAUCUGGCCAAGAACAAUCCAACAACGGCUUCCCAGAUUACUGAGUAUAUCCAGUCAAAUCCUGACAAGGUAUUCAUCGCACUCGAUGGGCUAGACGAAGUCAGUGGCAAAAUCAUGAAGUCAAAAUCACGGUCACGGUCUACUGAUCAAAUGCAACUUCAGCCAUCACAGCCAAGUGUCAACUCUUCAGAGGCAUGUGGAAGCUCAUCUGAGACUGGUGAUAUUGGACUUGUAGAUAUUCUUUGUUCCGAUCAACUUGCCUCUUGCCCUGUCUUGGUUACCACUCGCCCAUGGAGAGCAGUAGAGAUUAGAUCAGAUGGUGAUCUAAUGAAGCUCUACACAUUCAUUCGUGUUCAGGGUUUCAACAGAGAGAAUUUGUCAGUUUACAUUCACAAAUACUUUCCAAAGAAUGAGGAUAAAGCAAAUCAGCUAAUCCAGUUCACCCAUGAGAAUGAUGUCAUAUCUGAAAACAUGGCCCACUAUCCUAUAUAUGUAGCCAUGUUGUGUCUUAUGUGGAAAGAACUUGAUCGUAAUGAAUUCAACAGGCUGAUUGAGCAAGUAGUGCUUCCAAGGAAGGGGGAGUUUAGGUAUCUCUUGUACUUCACUGUGUCACAGAACAAAAGUAUUGCAACCCAUGUAAUGAAGUCUAUGCUUCAGGGAUUAAACAGGGAUUCAUUUGGUAAAGAGUUACCUUUCAUUGUUGAUGUAGCCUUUGAGAGUCAGGACCCAGAUGUAGCAGCCUUGGUGAGGGACAGUGUUUCAUCAGAGGAGAUUAAGCUGGUCAUAUCCAGGGACAUGACAGCACACGCUGUAGCUGGUUAUGCAUUCAUUGGACCACAUGUGUUCUAG